AUGGCUCCUCGCAAACGCGCCCUGCGGGAUGAAGCCGGGGAGUCCAGUGAGGCCGGAGCCUUGCGCACCUCUGAUGCUAGAAAACGAGUGCGCGUGUCCGACGUCGUAGACGAGAGCUCGCUACCCCCAGAAACCUCGGAUUCGGACGAUGAUGACAAUGUCGCACCCGCCCACCUGGCGCCGCCCCCUCAAAGCCAAUACGAGAUAAUGCGAGACGAUGGGUUCAAGCACCUGGACAAUAUCGAAGAAGACGACCACGAAGCUGCCAGAAAGCUGUCCCAGAGAAUGAGAAAGGUCGGGAACAAUGUCGCUGCCGAGAGUGGGAUUAUCGAGAGCAUUACAUGUUUCAAUUUCAUGUGCCACGACAGACUUCAUGUGGAGCUCGGCCCCCUUCUCAACUUCAUCGUUGGAGAGAACGGUAGUGGCAAGAGUGCAGUUCUCACAGCCCUGACACUCUGUCUCGGAGGCAAAGCAAGCGAUACAAAUCGUGGUGGGAGCUUGAGAUCGUUCGUGAAGGAAGGUCGUGACAAAGCCCGGCUGGUCGUCAAGAUCAAGAACUGCGGCAGUGACGCCUACCAACCAGACCUCUACGGCGACUCGAUCGUGGUUGAACGACACUUCUCGAGCACCGGUUCUAGCGGUUUCAAGAUCAAGAACUCGGCCGGCGGCAUUAUUUCUACCAAGAAGCAGGAAGUCGACGAGAUCUCCGAGUGGUAUACCCUGCAAAUUGGGAACCCAUUGAUUGUGCUAUCCCAGGAUAACGCCAGGCAGUUUCUCAACUCGUCAUCGCCAUCGCAGAAAUACAAGUUCUUCGUCGCCGGAGUUCAGCUGGAACAGCUCGAUAACGAUUACAAGAUGUCGCAGGACACGCUGGACAAGACCGAGAUCCUCCGCGACGAUUUAAACGAGCGAAUCGGUUCCGUCAAGAAGGAGAUGGAGAGUGCUAGGCGACUUGCUGAGACUGCCCAGAAGAAUAAUACCCUCCGCGACAAAGCCCGUCAUUACCGACGCCAGCUGGCAUGGAGUCAGGUCAUAGAGCAGGAAACAGAAUUAGAAAAGAGAGAAAAGGCCCUCGAGGAACACGACAAACGCAUUGCGGAACGUCAGGAGACUUGCGCGCAAAUGACAGAAGGCCUGGAAUCUCUGGACCAGAAGCUGCAGGAGCACCAGCAGUCGAGAGAGCAUCUCGACCAGGAGCGGGAGGGCUUCGAAGACAGAAUUGCAACCGCAGAGGCUGACUAUGCAAGCGCAAAGAAAGAUCUGACUGACCUGAACCGGGAGGAAAGAGAUGCGCACGCUCGUAUGAAAAAUGCGAAAUCCGAGCUCAAAACUAUCCAAGAAGAGAUUGACAAGGAGGAGAAACGACUUGCAGAAUCAACAGGUCCUGAAAGAGCACAAAAGGAUUCCGAAUUAGCCGACGCACUCUCCAAAGAAAGGGACUUGAUAAAGAAGCAAGAACAGUUGCUCGGCGGAAAGCCCGAGGAAGAAUCGAGACUUGAAAAGGCUCAAGCAGAAUACGAGACUGUUUCGAGAGCCAAAGAGUUGAAACGCAAAGAAAUCAUUCAAGCCCAGAAAAAUAUUCAAGAAGUCAAGCAAAGUACUGGUUCAGCUUUAGAUGGCUACGACAAUAAAACACGCGACCUCGUCAUGGCUAUAGAGGAAGACAACUCGUUCGAGCACAAGCCGAUCGGACCUAUGGGUGCCCAUAUAAGGCUACUCGACCCUGAAUGGUCUGGCAUCUUGGAGAGGACAUUUGGUGAAGCCUUGAACGCAUUCGUGGUCCGCAGCAAACAAGACCAGCAGAAGCUUUUGAAUCUCAUGAAACGGAUCCGGAUCCCAAAACCACCGCCAAUCUACAUUGCUUACAGUGGCCGGAUCGACACUUCGAGACAGGAGCCCGAUGAAAAGUACACUACCAUUUUGCGCCUCUUGGAGUUUGACAACGAACUGGUCAGAACUCAGAUGAUCAUCAGUUUUCAAAUCGAGAAGAUCAUCUUGAUCAAAAGCCGAGUUGAGGCCGAAAAAGUCAUGGUCGAUGCUGAUGUCCCACUACGAAAUGUCAAUGCCUGCAUGUGUUUUCAUGAUGGUCAGGGGAAGCGCGGUUUUGGUCUCAGGCUUACCAACCGUAAUGGCAAUACUAGCACAAGCCCAGUACCACCUGCGACAGAUCGCAAGAGGAUGCGGACUGAUGCCGGUAACCAUAUUCUGGUGCUCCAGGAACACAUGAAACAACUGGGAACUGAAAUGCGAGAGCUCGAAAGGCAACUUAAGGCCGCGUCCAACGAACUCCAGGAAUCCAGAAGAGUUGAGCAAGGAAGCAGAGGCCAGCUGAAAAAACUGGAAAUCGAAAUCCGCAAGGUGCAGGCUGAGGUCCAGAGAGUCCAGAUCGACCUGGACGCCUUUGAAGGUGUUGACGGCCGUCUUGUACAGUUGCGAGAGGAUUUGACAACCAAAGAAAAUGAAAUCGAGGGCCUUGGCAACCAGUACGGGUCUAUCAAGGUGGCGCAGUCGGAUAUGCAGGAGAAGGCCAAGAAGGCCAAGGAGAAACUGACGGAGGAGCAGGGAAUACGGGACGAGUACCAGGGCAAAGUUGACAAAGCUGAGAAGAAGCUCAAGAGCUUUCAAGACCUGCGACGCAUUGCGCUGGGAAAGAAGAAUCAGGCAUUUGAGAGUCUCGAAAUCGACCAGGCUGAGCGGCCACGUGUGGCGGACAGAAUCGAGCAGCAGCGGGAGAUGGUCAGGAACUUCACGCAGUCGGCAGAACAGGUUUCUCCAACCCGUGUGCUGAUCCCGGAAGGUGAGACCUUCCAGAGCAUGGAACGCAAGUACGUAAAGCUGCGAGAGCAACUGGAUCAGCGGGCAAAACGUCUCGGGGCUACGGAUGAACAAAUCUAUGAGCGGUCGGCCGCAGCCACGAAGAAGUACGAGGACGCAACAAGGGAGAUCAGGGAGGUGGACGAGACGAUAUCGACUCUGAAGCAUUCAAUCCGGGAACGUUUGAAUCUAUGGCGCCAGUUCCAGCGCCAAAUCAGUGCUCGAGUCCGAAUCCAGUUCACCUAUCUCCUCAGCGAGCGUGGCUACCGUGGGAAAAUAGAACUCAACCAUAAAUCGAAGAAGGUGUCGGUCAGUGUCGAGCCAGACGAGACGAAGAAGGUCGCAUCUGCCCGGAGCACCAAGACCCUAUCUGGAGGUGAGAAGUCUUUCUCAUCCAUCUGCAUGCUGCUCUCCAUCUGGGAAGCGAUUGGGUCGCCCAUUCGAUGCCUGGACGAGUUCGACGUCUUCAUGGACAAUGUGAACCGUAGCAUCAGUACCAACAUGCUGGUGGAUGUUGCUCGCCGUGCGGUAUCAAGGCAGUAUAUUCUCAUUACCCCCAAUGCGAUCGAGGGUCGUGCAAGCUUGGCUGCCGAUGUCAAGAUUAUCAGACUUACGGAUCCUCGGCAACGGACUCUUCCUGAUAUGAUGGCAGAAUAA